CAAAACAUAACCUUCAAGUUGCAGAGUCACAUGCUAUUUUUGCAACGGAUAAAUAUUAUCUAAUAAGAACGAUGGGCAAGAAAGGCAAAAAAGCAGGUGGUAAUUUAGGAAAAUCUUUAAUCAGGGAUCGAUUUGGAUCUACGAAAACUAAGAGAAACAACAAUGAGUCUAUGCUUCACACUGCAGAGAUCAAUGACGGUUAUGAUUGGGGUCGACUUAAUUUGCAAUCAGUUACAGAGGAGAGUUCGUUUCAAGAGUUUCUGUCGACCGCUGAACUUGCAGGAACCGAGUUUACUGCAGAAAAAUUAAAUAUUAAAUUUGUGAAUCCCAGUAGUAGUGGCUUGCUUUCAAAGAGUGAAAAGGAAAAAAUAUUGGAAAUACAAGAAAGAAACAAGGGCCUUGUUAAGAUACCUAGAAGGCCCAAGUGGAACACUUCCCUAAGUGCUCAGGAAUUGCACACUCUUGAGAAAGAGGCAUUUUUAGAAUGGAGACGCAAUUUGGCCAAGUUGCAAGAAGUGGAAGGAUUGAUAUUAACGCCUUAUGAAAGGAAUUUAGAGUUCUGGCGACAAUUAUGGAGGGUAGUAGAACGCAGCGAUGUAGUUGUACAAAUUGUAGAUGCACGCAAUCCACUGCUCUUUCGCUGCGAAGAUUUGGAAUGUUAUGUUAAAGAAAUAAAUCCUAAUAAAUUAAAUAUGAUUCUUCUUAAUAAAGCAGACUUUUUAACGGACGAGCAAAGAGAGGCAUGGGCAAAAUAUUUUACAGACUUAAAUGUACGAGUGGCCUUUUUUUCUGCUACGUUAGCAGCAGAAAAACAGUCAAUACAAGAAGAAGAUGAAGAUGAGGCAAAAUCGAUAGAUAAAAAUGAUGAUUGUUUGAAUAAAAAGGAUGAAAGUAGUACUGACGAGUGGCACUCUGAAUUUGCUUCGGAAUCAGAGUAUGAAAGCGCGGAAAAUAGUAUCAUUGACGGUGAUACGUCUACUGUACCUAAUAUAGAAAUUGAUAAUGACAAACAAAUGGAAGCUCAAUAUGCAAUGGAGAACUUAAAAAUCUCUACGACAGAGGAAGACAAAACAAAGAAAAUAGUUAAUUCAUCGAAAUUAUUAAAUAGAGAUGAUUUCGUGGAAUUAUUUAAAAUAAUUUUUAAUGGUAAUAAAACCUACACAGAUGGAGUAACGACGAUUGGUUUGGUAGGAUUUCCGAACGUUGGAAAAAGUUCUACUAUCAAUGCUUUGCUCAUGGAUAAAAAGGUUUCGGUGUCUGCCACACCGGGUAAAACUAAGCAUUUUCAAACUUUGUAUUUAGACAAGGAUUUAUUAUUAUGUGAUUGCCCAGGUUUGGUGAUGCCAAGCUUUCUUUGUACAAAAGCGGAGAUGAUCUUAAAUGGUAUAUUGCCGAUUGAUCAGAUGCGAAAUCAUGUUCCAGCAAUUACAUUGCUGGCUACAUUGAUACCUAGGUACAUUCUAGAGGAUCUUUAUGGUUUUAUGUUACCUAUACCAUCCGAGGGAGAAGAUUCAAAUCGCGCUCCAACUGCAGAGGAGCUUUUAAAUGCGCACGGUUAUAAUAGAGGUUUUAUGACACAGAACGGUCAACCAGAUAAUCCACGUUCAGCCAGAUACAUUUUGAAAGAUUUCGUUAAUGGUAGAUUGCUAUAUUGCGUUGCACCGCCAACGUUUAAUCAAGAACGCUUUCACAUGUUUCCGCCGCGACGUCGUAAUAUAUCCGCGAACAGACACGUACCACCCCGAACGAUUCGCGUAAACGAAGGAUGUCGAGUAACGGUCAACGCUGUAGAUCGGAAAUUUUUUCAGGAUGCUCACAUCAAGAAGAUUUGUGAACCUGUGCUGCAACACUCUACAAUGCACGCGGGAUCAACGGUUAGUUUAACAGAAUCGGUCGACGGUCAUUCAGAUAGAAUCAAAAAACCAUGGAAAAUUAUAAAUAAACACGUUAAUAAAAAUAAACGUGAGAAGGCUCGAAGAUUGUAUGCUCAUCUUGACCAACACUGAGUACAAAACAUGUGAAAAAUACUAUCGUUUUGCAUUUUCUCAAUCAUAGCUAUACGAUUAUGUAUAUAUAAUAUGUGUAUAUAACA